CUGUCCUAAUUAAUUAGGUGUCCAAGGUGAAGAAGAUUGUACUAGACUUGUAUAAAUAGGGCAGCAGGAAAGCAGGCACGGAACUCACUGCUAGGAUAAGACGACUAUUACAAGUUUUCUGUCUUCUGCCUUCAACCCCCAAGAGUUUUCAGGCCAUCAUCAUGGUAGUCAUAACAGUCAAAACGCCGGCCCCUCCAGCAGAAGCCAAGAAUUUACAAGAACAAAAGGGCAAGGCAGCUGAGAUUCACGAGCAGGGGAGGGGAAGGUCCGGCGGGAUGGGGAUUUCUGACUCUGAGGAGAGAUUCCGAACCUUGGUUUAUCAGGAUAACAAAAAAGUGAACCGCGUAUUUGAUGGUUCUAACAUUGGCGCCCCGGUUGAAGUCAAGAAUUUUGAUAAGCUGAUCAAGGGCAAGAAUCUGUAUUUGUUCUUUUCGGGACUGAACCUUAAUCAUCUCGAUAUCCAAAAGCUCAUGAAAAUAUAUCUUGAGGGAAAGAAACCACCCAAUAACCACAGGAUUGUGUGGAUCCCCGUUGUGAAGACGUGGGAUCAACACAAGUUCGAUAAUUUGGUGGCUCAGAUGCCGUGGUACUCAGUGGAGUUUUCUCAUCCCGCACAAGCAUGCGUCAAGCUGCUCGAAAAGGAUUACAGCUACCACGAAAGGCAAAUCGUGUUGGUGAUAAAUCCAGCAGGGGUGGUGAAAAACAAAAAUGCUCACCCUGCGAUUCUACGCGAUGAACGAUUUGCAGAAUUUCCUUACUAUACCUAGGGCCAAGGAACUAAGAAAAAGAAGAAACAUGAAAUCUUUUCGUGCAAACGUCUCAACAGCCUGUCAACUGCUUCACAAGAUUGCAUUGCAGAAGAUAAUAAACGAUGGAAAAUCAUCAUCGUAAAACGGUCUUUUAUUAUAAUUAUGUUGCUAAUUAAUGUGUGCUUCCACUAUUUCGAUAUGUCUUUAUAUUAAUUGUUGAUAUCUUAUUGUUUUCGUUUCUUCUUUUGAAAAUUAAAUAAUGUUUUCGUUUCUUA